GAUUCGUUCGGCAUUUCGGUUUUCGACGCCCGAGAAUAUAUCUCAAUCUGUUUGAAUAAACUAUUAGCAUUUUCCGGGUCGCCAGCUGCAGUUAAAUCGCCAAGAUGACGGAUGAAGUGCCCGCCAAGGGCAGCAUAUUGGGCAAACUCGUGCCCGCCCGCUAUGUGUUGGCUCUGCUGGGCUCCAUUGGCAUGGCCAUUGUGUACGGCCUGAAAGUGAAUCUCAGCGUGGCCAUGGUGGCGAUGUUGAAUCACACGGCCAUCAAGGCCCACAACGAAGCAUCCAGCUUGCACGGCGGGGUGACGCUAUCGAAUGUCAGCCAUGUGCCCUCGGUGGAGGAGUGCCAUCCGCCGGGAGGAGCCAGUACCAGUAAUGUGACGGUUAAGGUUGAGGACGGACCCUUCGACUGGAGUGAACCCCUGCAGGGAACCCUGCUGAGCUGUUACUUCUGGGGUUAUUUGGUCUCCCAGAUUCCGCUGGCCCAUGUGGCCGAGAACUUUUCCGCCAAGUGGGUUAUGCUCUUCUCGGUGGCCAUUAAUGUGCUGUGCACUCUGCUGACGCCUGUCUUCACCAACUUGCAUUUCGGUGGACUGAUCCUGAUGAGAGUGUUGGAGGGAGUGGGCGGAGGAGCCUCUUUUCCGGCCAUGCACGUGAUGAUAGCCUCGUGGGCCCCGCCCACCGAACGCAUGGUCAUGUCCACCAUCAUCUAUGUGGGCACCUCGGCGGGCACUGCCCUCUCCAUACUUUUGGCCGGUGUCUGCUCCGCCCAAUGGGGCUGGGAAUCGGUGUUCUAUGUGAUGGGCUCGCUCAGCUGCAUCUGGAUGUUGUUGUGGGUGAUCCUGGUGCAGGAUAAUCCGAAUAAGCAGCGCUUUAUCAGCCCGGAGGAGCGGCAAAUGAUCACCAGCUCGCUGGGCACCGAGCAGAAGGGCGAAGGGCACCAUCCGUCGGUGCCAUGGCUGAAGGUCCUCAAGUCAGUUCCCUUCUGGGCCAUUCUCAUUGCGCACACGUGCAGCAACUUCGGCUGGUACAUGUUCCUCAUCGAGAUCCCGUUCUAUAUGAAGCAGGUGCUCAAGUUCAAUGUGGCCAGCAAUGCGGCACUCAGUGCCCUGCCCUACUUCCCCAUGAUCAUCUUCAGUAUCUGCCUUGGAAAGCUAUUGGACAGCCUUCAGGCUAAGGGUAAAAUCAGCACCACUGUUGCCCGGAAGACGGCCACCUCCAUUUGCACUUUGAUCCCCGGAGUUUGUCUGCUGGUUCUCUGCUACAUUGGAUGUCUGCAUUAUGAGGCCGUGGCCGUCAUGUCCGUUGGCAUUGUGGCCAUGGGUUCCAUGUUCUCCGGCUUCCUGUCCAACCACAUCGAUAUUGCGCCGAAUUUCGCCGGAACUCUGGUGGCUCUGACCAACACGGCGGCUACUUUACCAGGUAUUGUGGUGCCCCUUUUCGUGGGAUUCGUCACCAAGGGAAAUCAAAACAUUGGAGCCUGGCGCAUUAUUUUUGGAGUGACCAUUGUCCUGUUCGCCAUUGAAUUCCUGGUAUUUGUCUUUUUGGGUUCUGGCACCGAGCAGCCGUGGAAUAAGUCAGGAUCUCCCAAGGAUCCAGAGGCCAAGGACGAAAAGACACCGUUGAAGGAGCUCCCCACCAAGCCCUAAAGCUAUAAUCUCUCUGCGAUUGCCCUGCCUAAAUUACUCGAUCAACUGCUGCUUAUUCAGAUAGCUCUGGGAUGAAAUAAAACAAAGCAAGCACCAAAUGAAAUGUAUAUACCAAUUACAAAUUAUACAAUGCCCUCUUGAAAUGGGAAACUCUUAAAAAUCGAAUUUUCAUUGUUAUUUCAUAUUGAUAUAAGGACAAAAAACUUCAUUGUGAAGCUCAAACAAUUUUAAGAAAUUUUUUUAAUUCAUUUUUUAUGAGUUCUCUAUUUAGAGAGUGCACUGUAGUUUUUAGAUCGCUGUAAACCCUAUAGUUAGUAGCCGUACACCAUUACGGAUAAACACUUCAGCCCGCCUAAUGUACUUAACACUCUUGAUUUCAAAAGUUGUCUACAAAUAAAGCGCCGUCUUAGUGAA